AGUCUUUCUACUCCAGCUGCUUUAAGCGUAGAGGGGUUGCUUUGCAGGGGUUAGUUUUUAAAUUUCUAUCUUUUGAGUUGUAUCUCGUCGGUUUUAAUUAUAGUAAUGACUCAAGAAACCUCAGUAGGACUGUGGCGGACCCUGGAGAUCCUAAGAUGAACCAAACAAGAUUCCCCCUCCCAAGGCCCUAAGUCGGGGUGUGAACCGGAAGUGUUUUGCAGUGCUGUAGUGCUGAGCACUGAGCCUCCUGAGGCGCUACACCCAUGUGCUUUGAGGAUCACCUACGAGGGUUCGCUUCCCCAGUGCAUUCAUCCUCGGAUACAGGGGCAGAGUCCAUCUCACUGGCCCAAGUCAUCAGCCAUUGGUGUUAAAGCCAUUAUUGCCAACUAAUGAGCCAGGAGAUAUCUAUUGACAGUGUGGGCUCAGAAUGUUAUUCACUGGCUAGGACUUUCAGCGUUUUUGUCAUCUGGGGGACCUAGUCACAUCUGGAGACCUUGUUCGUUGGAGAAAUAUUGAGGAACACUGUUCUAAGAUAGCUGAUCAGCUUCCUUGGAAUCUGCUGAUGACCCAGGAGAGCUUUGCCUGAAGAUGGAAACAUUGGAGUCGGAGCUGACCUGCCCUAUUUGUCUGGAGCUCUUUGAGGACCCUCUGCUGCUACCUUGUGCACACAGCCUCUGCUUCAACUGCGCCCACCGUAUCCUGGUGUCACAUUGCGCCACCAACGAGUCCGUGGAGUCUAUCACCGCCUUCCAGUGCCCCACCUGUCGGCAUGUCAUCACGCUCAGCCAGCGAGGUCUAGACGGGCUGAAGCGCAACGUCACCCUGCAGAACAUCAUCGACAGGUUCCAGAAAGCAUCGGUGAGCGGGCCCAACUCCCCCAGUGAGACCCGCCGGGAGCGGGCAUUCGACGCCAACGCCAUGACCUCCGCCGAGAAAGUCCUCUGUCAGUUCUGUGACCAGGAUCCUGCCCAGGACGCUGUGAAGACCUGUGUCACUUGCGAAGUGUCCUACUGUGAUGAGUGCCUGAAAGCCACUCACCCAAACAAGAAGCCCUUCACUGGCCACCGUCUGAUUGAGCCAAUUCCGGACUCGCACAUCCGGGGGCUGAUGUGCCUGGAGCACGAGGAUGAGAAGGUGAAUAUGUACUGUGUGACCGAUGACCAGUUAAUCUGUGCCUUGUGUAAACUGGUUGGGCGGCACCGCGAUCAUCAGGUGGCAGCUUUGAGUGAGCGCUAUGACAAAUUGAAGCAAAACUUAGAGAGUAACCUCACCAACCUUAUUAAGAGGAACACGGAACUGGAGACCCUUUUGGCUAAACUUAUUCAAACCUGUCAACAUGUUGAGGUCAAUGCAUCACGUCAAGAAGCCAAAUUGAUGGAGGAAUGUGAUCUUCUCAUUGAGAUCAUUCAGCAAAGACGACAAAUUAUUGGAACCAAGAUCAAAGAAGGGAAGGUGAUGAGACUUCGCAAGCUGGCUCAGCAGAUUGCAAACUGCAAGCAGUGCAUCGAGCGGUCGGCGUCCCUCAUCUCCCAAGCGGAACACUCUCUGAAGGAGAACGAUCAUGCGCGGUUCCUCCAGACGGCUAAGAAUAUCACUGAGAGAGUCUCCAUGGCGACUGCAUCGUCUCAGGUUCUAAUUCCUGAAAUCAACCUCAACGACACAUUUGACACCUUUGCCUUAGAUUUUUCCCGAGAGAAGAAAUUGCUAGAAUGUCUGGAUUACCUUACAGCUCCCAACCCUCCCACAAUUAGAGAAGAGCUCUGCACAGCUUCCUACGACACCAUCACUGUUCACUGGACGUCCGAUGAUGAAUUCAGUGUGGUUUCCUAUGAGCUCCAGUACACCAUAUUCACCGGACAAGCCAAUGUUGUCAGUCUAUGUAACUCGGCCGAUAGCUGGAUGAUUGUGCCCAACAUCAAGCAGAACCACUACACUGUGCAUGGUCUGCAGAGCGGCACGAAGUACAUCUUCAUCGUCAAGGCCAUCAACCAGGCGGGCAGCCGCAGCAGCGAGCCCGGGAAGCUGAAGACAAACAGCCAGCCAUUUAAACUGGAUCCCAAAACUGCACAUCGAAAGCUAAAGGUGUCUCAUGAUAACUUGACAGUAGAACGUGAUGAGUCAUCAUCCAAAAAGAGCCACACACCCGAACGCUUCACCAGCCAAGGGACCUACGGCGUAGCUGGAAACGUGUUCAUUGAUAGCGGCCGGCAUUACUGGGAAGUGGUCAUAAGUGGAAGCACAUGGUAUGCCAUUGGCCUUGCGUACAAAUCGGCCCCAAAGCACGAGUGGAUUGGGAAGAACUCUGCUUCCUGGGCACUGUGCCGCUGCCACAAUAACUGGGUGGUGAGACACAACAGCAAGGAGAUCCCCAUCGAGCCAGCCCCCCACCUCCGGCGCGUCGGCAUCCUGCUGGACUAUGACAAUGGCUCCAUCGCGUUCUACGAUGCUUUGAACUCCAUCCACCUCUACACCUUUGAUGUCUCAUUCUCGCAGCCUGUGUGCCCCACCUUCACCGUGUGGAACAAAUGCAUGACCAUUAUCACUGGGCUUCCCAUCCCAGACCACCUGGACUGCACCGAGCAGCUGCCCUGAGCGCCUGGCCACGUGGCGGGGAUUUCUGGUGAAUAGGAAGGCUCGUGGCCACCCUUUAGGGGGCAGAGAAAGCACGGGCUUGCAGAGUGGUCAGAUCUCACCAAAAAGUAUCCAGAAAUCAACUAAGAUAGGUCUCCAAGUGGGCGAUUCCCUGCCCCGUCCCCCUUUUACUGUGUUUUGUAUUAAGUACAGUCUUUAAUACUUUCUUUGAAAUUUUUUUUGUAUUUACAGGAAAGUUUAUAGAUUAUUUAUGAAAGAAACAUAACUGGGAUUACAACUCUUUUAGGAAUUAAUUUGGUUUUGCACAUUAAGAGGCCAAAAGCUCUUUACAACCUUUAUUUCAUCACAGUCUACAACAGUGCAUAACAGAAUAUGCAACUACUUUUAAAAUGAAACAUAGUUUUGAACCUAGUAAGGAAGUAAAUGGGAUUUCUUACUCUGCCUUAUCUCGAGGUGUUUUAACUGUGAUGUUGGAAGCUUUUAUUAGGUCAACUACAAUGGAGAACGAAAAAGAGAGUAAAGAAUUGGCCUUGGCGCAUGGAACCUGCCGUGGCUGAUGGCUGGUAGGAUAAUGUUGGAAAGAAAGGUUCUGAGACAUUUGGCCAUAUUUUGCCCAGCUUUUUCCAGGAUUAAGGAUUCAGGGAGAACAUUAAGAAUGAGAUUACAACUGAAAAUAGUCACUUUGAAUCCUAUUGAUUAUUCAGAAAUUCAAGCUGAUUUGUGUUUUAUCAGAAGUAGGAUUCUAUUUCAUGAUAGAAACCUAUUUCAUUCUUCCUCUUAAUAGUUUCUUUAGGCCUGUGAAAUUCCUUCACUACAUUUAAUAGCUGUCCUACUCCCCACCCCCCCCAACUCAUUUUUCUUUUGUCACCAGAACUAAGAAACUAAACAUUUUCUGUCACAAAUGGCAGCACCACUGGGCAUUGACUUUGCUGUCCAGGACAUCAACACGUGGCCCCAACUGCCACUACCGUGUCCAAAUAUAAGUCACCCCCAAAACACUUAAUGAGUUGAUAAUGACAAGGGACGUUGCAUAAAUGACUAUUCACUAGUAUACGUGCCCCAAAAGUUAUUACAAACUGACCUUUAUUAAACACAUCUUGAAAGUUGUAGAAGUCCCUCUGUAUAUUCUAGUAUAGUUUACCAUAGAGUUGUAAGAUUAAAAAAACACAAAUUUGCUAUUCCCACACUGGCACCUGCUAAUAGAAUAUCGAGUGGGACCCUUGGCAUGCUGGUCUGACACGUUGGAACGGCCCAUGAAGUAAGGCUUUCUCGGGCAGUCCUCGGACCUGGAACCUGGCAUUGGUUCACCUUGACGAAGGGCGUGACACCUAUGAAUCAUUUCAUUCGCUAAAACCUUUAUCUGGGCUACUGGGUCAGCCACUUGGACUGAAUGGACUGGUGGAUUUAGGCCUUGUUUAUGGUGAUUGUUUUUAACCAAAUCAACCCAUUGUUCCCUUGCACUCGGUUCACAGACCCACUGUAGCAGCAUCACAUUAUGUGAUUUUGAGUCUGGACUAUCGCGGCGGCUUCCCAGUGCUUCUGCCCUCUUCACUGGCAGAUACUCUCUUUUUCUUAACAGAUAGAGUCUAUAUAUUUACUAUAUUAUUUAUACCCAGAUGAAUAUUUUGAUAGCUACUUAGGAUAAUUUCACAUCUAAAAGAUGGGCACCUCAACGGGAAAAAAAAUGAAUCAUUCUCUGGAAACUUAAUAGGAUUUUCUUACAAUAUAAGAACAAUGUAUAUUUGCCUUCCCAGAAGAAACUGAAAGUGUUGUCUUAGUAAUUUUUACAUGCUGUUUUUAGUGGCUGGAUAACAGAUAUUUUAAUGCACUUUGUACAUUAACAGGUGUUAAAUAAAAGGGUCUAAAACUCUUGGUCUCCAGGUACCAAUAAAUGCUACAGUUUGCCUUAUGAUGUUAAUAUAAAGCAUUUACCAGAAGAACAAUAUUUCCAUGAAUAUAAUGUUUUUCAAUAUAAAGCAGUUGCUACUCAAAUUUUCACUGCAAGCUGUUUAGGUUAUGUUUUGACUAUUUUUAUAAGGACAAGGGAUUAUGUUAUAAUUUUGUUGUGGAAGUCUCACUCCUUGCUAACUUAAAAACAUUGUGGCUAGUAGCAGUUAUUAUGUCCAUGUUGUCAUAUUUACAAGAAAAUAUGUAUAUGGUGAAAGUCCACAUUGUUUACUUUCAUUACUGUAAUGAUGUAGAAAAGAUUGCCGUGUGGAUUUUUUUGAAAGUCAAAAAAUAUAUGCUAUAUACACUUGCUGCA